UUUAAGAAAGAAAGAAAGAAGAACACAGAGAAAUUGAGAACAAAUCACACAAAUGGCAGAAAAGGUUGCUUUGAGUGUAGGAGGAAAGAUCGCAGAGUGGUUGUUUGAGCCAAUUCAACGAGAACUUGGCUAUCUCUUCUGCUUUAACAAUAACUUUCAAGUGCUGGAAGCUAAACUCGGUGAACUAAAAGCAACUAGAAUCGAUGUACAAGGAAGGGAAGAUGCAGAAGAGAGGAUGCGGAAAACCCUGGGUGAAUCCGUCAAGUUGUGGAUUAAGGAUGUUGAUGUAAAAAUUGUUGAAACAGAGAGUCUUAUCAAUGAUAAGGCAGAGCUUCAAAAAGGGUGUUUCCCCAUCAAAUGGUGUCCUAAUAUAAGCUUGCGCUUUUCAUUGGGCAGGAAAGGGAAGAAGUUAUCUCUCCUUCUCGUCGAGCUUCUUAGACGUGGUGGUGAGCUGCCGAGCGAAGGUUAUGACUUGCCCGUGCAGCCCAGAAGCUGCUGGAGAAAAUACAAUGGCGAUGAUUUGGAUUUCGAAAGUCGAAAAAAGAUUAAGGAAGACAUCAUUGAGAAGUUACUAGAAGAAGAGAUAAUGUUAAUAGGGAUAUGCGGAAUGGGAGGAGUUGGAAAGACCACUCUCGCCAAACAAGUCCUCCAAGAGGUAAGCCACUAUCAUAAGCAUUUAUUUCCAAUUGAAGUCCCAAUUUCGAAUAGUCCCAAUUUCCAUGAUAUCCAAGAACAAGUCGCACAGAUGUUAGGGUUUACGCUUAAGGAUGUAGUGGGUAAUCCUUUAAGAGCAAAACGUUUACAAAACGCUUUCAGUAACAAGAAAGUUGUCGUAUUAUUGGAUGAUGUUUGGAAAAUGUUUGAUUUAAAUGAUUUUGGUUUUCCGUUUACAAAAUCAGAUGUUGGGUGUUGCUGUAAAAUCAUUUACACAUCUAGAUACGAAAAUUUAUGGUCAGAUCUGUCUCAUGAAAUCUUCUCUCUUGAAAUAUUAUUACAUGAAGAAGCCUUGAAUUUGUUUACAACAAAAGUCAAUCUGUCCAGUGAUGAUGAUGAUUUCCAUCAGAAGAAUAAAAUAGCGAGGGAAAUUGUUGAUAAAUGUAAAGGACUUCCCCUUGCGCUUAACACAGCAGGAGGUGCUCUCAUAAAAAAAGCCACACAUCAAUGGGUUAAUAUGCUAAACCGGUUGAUGAAACACAACGAACAGGAUCGUGUGGUACAUGAGGUCUUGGAGACGAGUUAUGACUUCUUAGAAAAACCCAAUGAAAAGUUUGUGUUCUUACUAUGCUGCUUAUUUCGAGAAGACGCAUAUAUUUCUGUUGAGACGUUGUACCGUUAUGCGGUGGGUUUGCAACUCUUUGAAAAUACAACGGACACAGAAGAAAUAAGUGUUGGCGUGCACACUAUCGUUGACGACUUAAUAAUAAAAAGUUUGCUGAUAAAGGUUAAAGACCUCGACGACGAUUACGAUGACGGAUAUCGUGUGGUGAAGAUACAUGAUGUGGUGAGAGACGUGGGAAUUUCAAUUGGAAAACAAGAACACCGUUUUAUUUCUUUACAGUUAUGGAAGAAUGGUCUAGAAGUCCUUGAUAAGAUGGAAUUUCAAGGAGGCUCAAAAAUGGAACUACUACGGUUGGAUCAUAUGGAUCACAGUUCAAGUUCUUACAGAACAAAUAUUAAGAUAUCAGAAAAUUUAUUUAAAGAAGCGGAUAAUCUCAAAGUUCUAUAUAUAGUAAGCAGUUGGAACAAGAUUAGUGAGUUUCCAUUAUUUUCUUCAAAGUUGAAGAUGUUAUCCUUAGAGAGAUUGCAUUUAGAUAUGAUUUUCAUUGGACAUAUUAAAUGUUUGGAGAUCUUUUCUCUUCGAAGAUCACACAUAAAAGUUUUGCCACACGAAAUAAGUGAGUUAAUAAACUUAAGAGUGUUGGAUUUGACUUUGUGUGAGUGUUUCAUAAGAAAUGGUAUUCUUGGGAGCCUUACUAAUCUACAAGAAUUGCACAUGUGGGGGAGUUUUAAAGAUUGGAAGCUACAAAAAGAAGACGUGAAUAGUGAAGACAGAAAUGCAGCCGGACUUCAUGAGUUAAAUUGCUUACAUAAAUUGUGGAGAUUGGAAUUGGAAGUACCCAACAUUGAACAAGUGCCGAGAGGUGUUGAGCUAUUUUCUUCUUCAACCUUAAAGCAAUUCAAGAUAAAAAUAGGAGGAAAAAGAGUAAAAGGGCAAAUUGGGUUAAAACGUGGAGAAAGACUACUGAUGUUGGAGAAUGUUAGUUUCUUACCCGAACUUGGGUUCUUAUUAGAAAAAGACUUUACUCACUUAAAUAUAUGCGCUGAUUCUGGAUUGUGGGAGAAGAUGGAUAUAAACAAAUUCCUAUCAUUGAAGAAUAUUGUGCUUAAACAAUGUGGAUCUCUUUUUCCACCGUCCUCUAUGCAGACUUCUGAACUUGGGCGUUGUUUGCGGCGUAUUGAACUAUAUGAAUGCAAUGAAAUGACACACUUAUGUUCUACAUCAAUAUCAAGGAAUCUCACAAAUCUUCAAGUUCUUGUUCUCGGAGAUUGUAAAUUGAUGGAAGAAGUUGUUAGCUCUUGCGAUAAGACAGAACAACUCAAUAAAAUUGAGUUCAAUGCUUUGGAAACUCUUAAGCUUCUUUACUUGCCUAGUCUAGAAUGUUUUUGUAAAAGAAUAAACGAGAUUCAUUUCUAUAAACUGAAAACAUUGGAGCUAGAAGGAUUGAAGCAAUUUAUCUUCCCAACUAAGUUGGAAAUACCUUGUCUAGAAGAGCUGAGUAUGACAUUGAUAUCUAAUCCAAAUAUUGAAACUUUCUGCUCGUCGUCACCAUCACUGCAAAAGUUGAAUAUUGAUAACUGUGAUAACUUCCAAUAUUUUGACUUCUCUGAUAGCUUGGUGAUAAAGGUUAUUUCUCAUCUUAGAAAUUUAACCAUUAAAAAUUGUACAAAGUUGAAAGGAGUAGUAGGAGUAACAACGGGGGCAGAAGAGCAACAGAGAAAAUCAAUUGAAUUCCCUAAUUUGUCAACAUUGGAACUUGAAUCCUUAGUCGAACUCGCGAGUUUUGUCAUCGAUGUCAGCAAUUUGGGUGACAAAGAGGAAAAGUCGGAAAAUGCACUAUUUUAUCAAGAUGAUUAUCAGGUCUCGUUUCCCUGCUUAGAAGAUUUGCAAAUAAAGAAUUUGUCAAAGAUAAAUUAUAUAAUAGGAAGGAAACGUGAACAAUUAAGAGGACAUCAUGAUCAUGAUGAUACCGAGGAAGGCCAUGGAAGGAAAAUUCAACAACCCAUAUUAUUAUUAUUAUUAUUAUUCCCUAAUUUGAAAACAUUGAAGCUUGGUGAUUUAGAGGAACUCGUGAGAUUUGUUGGAGUGAUGAACAACAAUAUGGACAACAAUUGCAAAAAUCAAAAUGCACUCUUUCAUCUCGAUGAUGAUGAGGUCUGGUUUCCUUGCUUAGAUGAGUUGGUGAUAGAGGGAUUGUCAAAGAUAAAUUAUAUAGUAGGAUGGAAAGAAGGAGAAGGACAUCAUCAUCAUCAUAAGAUAUUUCCUGCAUUAAGAUGGUUGAAAUUGGAUAAAUUAAGCAAUUUAAUACAUGUGUAUGAAAUCAACCAGCAGCCAGGACUAGGAGUGCUUUUAUUUCAAAACUUGACAUCCCUGCAAAUUGGUGAAUGUGGGAAAUUGAGAUAUUUGUUUUCGGAGAAUAUAGGUAGAGUCGCUGGUAGACAACUUGAGGAACUAACAAUUAGUCGUUGUGGAAUGAUGGAAGUGGUGAUGAAGAAUAUUGAGGAUGAUGAUGAUAAAACUGAAGGAGGAAGAAGUAAUUCUCUCGGAAAUAGUCAUUUCUUUCCACUCCUUAAGAGAGUGUACUUAUUGAAUCUAUCAGGUUUGAGGAGCUUCAGUGAAGUUGCUUAUACUUGGGAGUUGCCAUCACUAGAGUAUCUCAAUGUAUUAGUCUGCCUCAAGCUAGAGGCACUCUCUCCCGGCUAUUUGGAUUCUCCAAGGCUGGAAAUUCUUCAUUAUAGUCGCAAUAAUUAUUAUGAUAGAGAAGUUGUAAAUGUAAAGAAGACUUGGAAAGGUGACGUUAACAAAGCAUUGCGUCAUUUAUUUAUCAAGACAUACAAAGAAGAAGAACCAGUAAAGAGACUAGAGAACAUGGAUAAGAAUCAGAAGAUGAUGAAGAAUUAGAAGAUUUGGGGGGUAAUUAAUAUUCCAGUAAAAGAAAGUCUAGCCAUAUUAAUGGGGAAGCAUAAUUAAUGCAUGCUGCAGAUUGGCAUGAAUUAAGAGAAACCGGGACGAAGAAGACAAAUAUAUAUUGCUCAAUUAAAGAUUCUUCUUUCUUGCUCCCUCACUUUUCAAUUUGAUUCUUUUGCUCAAACUGUAUUAAUUAUUCCUCCUAUUUAUAUAUAUACCUAAAUAACUGUUUUGAAUUAACUAUUUACUCAUCAAUUUUCAUUCUAUUUUAAAUUAGUAUUUGUUUUAUUUUAAAUUAUAUCUUCCAAAAGUUCGUGGCUUGGGGCAUGUUACAAUUCGAAUAUACUUGAAAAUGUUUAAGAAGUGUUUAAAUACAAUUAUUAUUAUUAUUA